AUGGCCAAGAUCGAGGACAUCGACGAGAACAUCGACGCGGCCUUUGACGACAUGGAGCGCGCGAAGGGGGUUGCGCGCGCCGACGGCGACGAGCUCGACGCCGAGCUGCCGGCCGAGGACCACGAGCUGGGGCACAAGACCAAGGCGAAAGAGUCCAGCGCGGGCGCUGCUUCCGACCUCGACGUCAAGCCGUCCCCCGAGGAGCUCGAGGCCGGCAUCAGCGGCAAAGUCGAGGACAAGGGGAAGAUGCAGCCCGCCGUCCACGUCAAGAAGGAGAAGACGGCCUCUGGCUCGAGCAAGCGCAAGAUGGUCACGGUCGAGGAGAAUGAGCUGAGCGGCAGCGACGAGCACAUGGACGCGGAGGUGCCGUCCAACGUCAAGCAGAAGGACGUCGAGGUCGAGAAAGACGCCAGGGUCGAGAAGGAGCCCAGGGUCAAGAAGGAGCCCAAGGUCAAGAAGGAACCCAAGGCCAAGAAGGAGAGGACGGACAAGGCCUCGCACAAGCCCAACCUCGCCGUCAAGUCCGAGGCCGGCGAUGACGGCAACCCCGAUGGCGAUAACGGGGACGAACUCAAGCCCAAGACUGCGCGCAAGCGCAAGCAGCUCGUCAAGGCCGAGGCCGAUGACGACGACGGCGCGUCCAACAAGCCGGCCAAGGCCGCACGCGCCGCGCCGUGCGGUAACGCGUGGACCGCCGACGAGCGUCUCAAGCUGCUCGAGUACGUCGUCGCGACGCCGCCCGACGCGCGCAAGUGGGCGGACGCCGUGCCCGAGCGCAACACGUCACAGGCAUUCAACCAGUGGCGCGACAAGAUCUACCCGUGCCUCUGCGCGGCGAUCGACAACGCGCCGACCCGCGGCCGCUCGACGGCGCGCAACACCCUCUGGACACCGGCGGAGCGGCGCAAGCUCUUCGACCACGUGUUCCGCGUCGGGCUGUGUAAGUGGGAGAGCGCGGUCGACACGCGGCCCGGCAACAAGUGCUAUGGGACGUGGCGGUGGGUCUUACGGCAGGGACACGGUGUAUCCCCUGCUCAAGCGCGCGCUCGCGGACACGAACUAGGUCGAGGCCCUUCUGUGGACGGUUGGCGGCUGGGCCGAGAGCAGCUGCAGGGGCGCAUAGGAUCGUCAGGGUGA